GUAUUUUUCCUCAGAAUGAUACUGACUCUGCAGAGCUCUGCAGCCUUGCUGCUUUUUAGCUUCCUGAUUGGACUGUGCUACACUCUGAACCCCAGAGACCCAAAUGUGUGCAGCCUGUGGGAGAGCUUCACCACGUCGGUGAAGGAAUCUUACUCACAUCCUUAUGACCACGUGACACAGGAGCCUUGCUCAGAUCCUCGGACCUCCUACAGAUGCGCACGUCACAGGAUCACCUACAAGACGGCCUACAGACAGGCAGUGAAGACUGACUACCGCAGGAGAUACCAGUGCUGUCCAGGCUUUUAUGAAAGCAGAGACAAGUGUGUCCCGCGCUGCACUAAGGAGUGUGUGCAUGGCCGGUGUGUCGCUCCAGACCGCUGCCAGUGUGAGGGAGGCUGGCGAGGAGAUGACUGUUCCAGUGCCUGUGAUGACAAACACUGGGGAGCAGGCUGCAGUCAACAGUGCAAGUGUGAAAAUGGAGCGCGCUGCGAUCCUGUCAGGGGGAAGUGUCAAUGUCCUCCAGGUUACACAGGACAGUACUGUGAGCAGCCUUGUCCAGCAGGCACCUUCGGGAUAACCUGUCUGCAGCGCUGCAAGUGUGGGACGGGAGGAUCCUGUGAUAAAGCCACCGGAGAGUGUGUUUGCCUAGAUGGAUACACGGGGACUUUCUGUGAGAAGGUGUGUCCUAGGAGUCGAUGUCCCUGUAGAUGCCCCUGUCAGAAUGGUGGGAUCUGUAAGGGCAAAGGGAUCGUGACUGCCCACCUGGGAUGGACGGGUCCAGUAUGCACAGAGCGUUGUCCACAGGGACAGUUUGGACCAAACUGUGCUGAGGAGUGUAUUUGCCCACAACAGGGGCCGUGUGACCCUGAAACUGGACACUGCCACUGUGCCAAAGGUUUCACUGGAAAUAGAUGUAAUGAAGAAUGUGCUGUGGGCACUUAUGGUCAGGACUGUGAUGGCGUGUGUGACUGUGCUAAUGGCGCACGCUGCUACAACAUUGAUGGAGGCUGUCUGUGUGAGCCGGGCUUCAGUGGGCCACACUGUAGGGACCGGAUGUGUAAACAUGCCAAAUACGGCAUGCACUGUGAGCGCACGUGCCUCUGUCAAGACAAACACACACUCAGCUGCCACCCUAUGAAAGGAGAGUGCACGUGCCAGCCAGGGUGGGCAGGUCUCUACUGCAAUGAGACCUGCGCUCACGGUUUCUAUGGCCACGGUUGUCUGGAGCCGUGUCUGUGUGUGAAUGGAGGGGUGUGCGAUAGCGCCACGGGUCAGUGCCAGUGUGCCCCGGGUAUACGAUUUGAAUAUUGGGAUUCACGUGAGACUCCCUGUAAAAGUGGCACCUAUGGCAAGAACUGCUCCCUGGAAUGCUCAUGUGACAAUUUUAUUGACUGUUCACCGAUUGAUGGGAUGUGCUUCUGCAAAGAGGGCUGGAAAGGGUCAGACUGUUCCACCCCCUUGUCUGAGGGAACCUGGGGCCCAGGAUGCAAUGCCACCUGCCACUGUGCAAAUGGGGCAGAAUGUAACCCUGCAGAUGGAUCCUGUAAAUGUCCCUUUGGCUGGCAGGGGGAGCACUGUGACCAACCGUGCCCCAUGGGCAUGUUUGGUCCGGGCUGCCUGAAGAGGUGUGAUUGUGUUCAUGCUGACGGCUGCCAACCUACCAGUGGGGAGUGCCACUGUCAGCCAGGCUGGUGGGGUCAGCGCUGCAGUGAGCCAUGCUCCGAUGGCCUGUGGGGGCGCUACUGUAACCAGACCUGUUUCAAGCAUUGCCCAAAUAGUGACACGUGUGUGAGAGAAACUGGAGCAUGUGUCUGUCGCUCUGGUUACUGGGGUGUCAGAUGUCAGAACAAAUGUAGACCAGGUACGUAUGGCGACCAGUGCAGUAUGAUCUGUCCAUCCUGUGGCCAAUCAUAUCGUUGCCACCAUGUGACUGGAGAAUGUAAUUGUCUUCCUGGAUACACUGGACCCAACUGUGAUCAAGUCUGCCCAGGUGGCUACUAUGGGAGGCAGUGCACUGAAGUGUGUGUUACUUGUGCCAACAACUCCACAUGCAAUCACCGUGAUGGUCACUGUGAGUGUCUACCUGGUUGGACAGCUACCGACUGCUCCAAACCCUGUAGUCCCGGCUACUUUGGUCCAUUCUGUACCCAGACCUGCUCCUGUUCCACAAACGCUCCCUGUGAUCGAUUUACUGGUGUCUGUUUGUGUGAAAGCGGAGAAGAUGACUGUAAUCAAGACUCAACACAUCAGUCAGGAAGUGUUAUGGUUCCUCUUCCGCCCGGUGAGAGGGAGUCAUGGGGGGCCAUCAGCGGCAUUGUGGUACUUGUUAUCCUGGUGGUCUUGCUGCUGGCACUCCUGCUGCUGUACCGCCGCAGGCAAAAGGAGAAACAGAAUAACACACCAACCGUCUCCUUCUCCACUAGCCGCACAGUCAACUCGGAAUACGCGGUUCCAGAUGUUCCUCACAGCUACCAUCACUAUUACUCCAACCCCAGCUACCACACGCUGAGGCCGCCGCUGCCGCACCUCCCCAACAAUCACGACCGCACCAUCAAGAACACCAACAACCAGCUGUUCUGCAGUGUGAAAAACACAGAGAGAGAGAGGCGGGGCCUGUUUGGCGUCGAAAGCAAUGCAACGCUGCCUGCAGACUGGAAACAUCACGAGCACCGUAAAGACCCGGGAGCUUUUGGACUCGAUCGGAGCUACAGUUACAGUGCCAGCCUUGGAAAAUAUCACAACAAAGAGCUGAAGGAUACGGCAGCGGUGAGCAGCAGCUCUCUGAACAGCGAGAAUCCGUACGCUACUAUCAAAGACCUGCCUGGUCUGCCCUGCUGCCCUCCAGAGAGCAGCUACAUGGAGAUGAAGUCGGCUGUGCCCAGGGAGCGAGCAUACACCGAAAUCAGUGCUCCGCCGUUCAACCCCGUCACCUUACGCAGGGGUGAAACGCAGCUUUCCCUCGGCCAUGCUCCACACGAUGACCCCCAGAGCCACUAUGACCUCCCUGUGAACAGCCACAUCCCAGGACACUACGACCUGCCACCUGUCCGCCGCCCGCCCAUCCCCUCCCCUAGGAGGGCACCUCAGUGACACUCAUCGCAGGAUUUCCGCUUUUCUUCCUCAGUCUGGGAGGUCUUCAGCUCGCACAAGGAGCAAAAUCCUCCUCUCUCAAUCAGAGUGCCUUUAGGCAGAGACCACCACCCACAAAGGGGACAGCCUGACCCACGAAGGACACUUUCCAUCACAGCACCCGGGUUCACCUCGGUGCCCUGUGGGGAAACAGUGCACCUCAGUGGACCCACCAGUGGUACUGACGUCACCGGGACAGACUUGUUAUCCAGACUGUGGAGCAGCAGGCUUCAGACACACUGGCACUGUAGCACCCCUGCAGGCUUUCUGCUGCAUUGCACAUCCCAUGGGAACAAAUCCAAAGCCUUGUUUGAGCUCAUCUGAAUAUGCUGUAUUUGACGUUUUCCAGCUAGUGUUCAUCACAAAAAAGCAUCAUAUUCAAACUUGUGUUUUAUCGCACACUUGAUAUCUAGAAUAAUUUUGCUUUUGUUAAAAUUGUUGUUGUUGACACUAAAUUGUUAAAAUUUAGUGUCAUUGCCUUUUGAAAAAAUCUUUUGCAUACAGGUUUAGCUUUAAAUGCAGCUUGUCAACAAAUCAAAUUGUUAAAUGUGCAACCUUCUAAACCACCUGAUGCAUCGGAAUUCAUGUUCUACAUAAUUAUUCAUGCUUUUUGUUUAUGUCUUUAAUUAUUGUACUUUAUAUAUUUUCAGGGUUUAGGAAGUUGUUGACAUCAGUUUCCUUUGCCCAAAGUACCAGAAUUUUUUUUAAUUUUCCAUCUCAAGCCAAACAAACUGAACAUUGUUCCAAAGUGUAUAUUGCAAACGUCUCUUUUACAUCAUGAAUGUGGCAUUUAUAGGAUAUAUGCGGGUCACUGAGGCAAAUAUUUGGCUCACUUUUCACUGCCAUUUUGUAAAUACAAAUAUACUGUAUAUUGCUGGCCUCAACUUUUAUAAGAAAGGCUCUAUUAAAAUGUUUGGAAAAACUGGGUGUUUGGGCCAAAGGUCAAACAUUAGGUUUAACGCAGCUUUCGGAGUAUCAGCACUUGCUGUUUGCAUUUACAAAUUGCAGAUUUAAUGUUGCGUUGUGUUCGCUUUGUAAGUUGUCGUAUCUCAGUUUGUGUUAGCUGUAAAUGUUUUGUCUCAAAUUCACCAGUUUAAAUUUUGAAACACGAUAUGUUUUUAUUCCUUUAGCUAUUUGUGCAUAUAACCGCUCACACGUGUACAUAAUGUAAAUAAAUUGCUGCAGUUUUGUGGUUUCGACACUUAAAGGAAACAAUUUAACAAAAAUCACUAGGAAACAAGUUUAUUCUGCAUUAUUGUAGAAAAGAAAAAGCAAAAAAAAGACCAUUACAUCAAAUCAUUGCAUGGCUUUUACAUACUGCAACAACACAAUAUUACAGCAAUAUUUCAACAGACUCAAAUUUAAUUACAACUUUGGUAUUAAGAGCCAACGACAGGAAAUACUUUAAAUCUUCAAAUACUUCACAGGAUUUUCAGAGGCAUAUUUAAGUGCUUAAAAUUUGGCAUGUUGCAAAUGGUAAUUCAAUAAAGAAGAGUUAAAGCUUUCAAAGUUUUAAUGUGCCAAAUGUCAAUUUAUCAGCUUAAAGUAAAACUAAAAAUGCAUGUCUGAGUUGGACCAGAUUAACUUUAUCUACACAAAUGUUUUAAUGAGCACCUGUCAUUUUCAACAUAAUUCUAACAUAAAACCUCAUGAAUGACAUUUUCUGUUCAUGAUCGGUGACAUCGGCCUCUGAAAAACUGCGCCCUUUACCCGCUGUAGAUUCUGUCGUGCUUGUGCAUCAUUAUGUUUCAUAACAUUACAUGCAGACAUGAAAUACACAACGGUUUAUUUAUUAUAAAUCUAUGUCUGUAGACUGAACACUAAAUAUCUUUGGAUCAAUUUACUUAUGUCCUAAA